UUACGCAUAAUACACGCCUACAGAAACUCCCGAAGCUGCAAGAGGACGAAAAGAGCGGCAUUCGUUCUCAGCAGUAUGUCGAUUCUAUCGGGCUACACAUCCAAUUCUGAGCCCGAAUGUAGUGUUUAUCUAGAAUAACAAGUGGAAUAUUCUUCAGUUGAUUUACCCACGAAGUUCGGGAGGCGUUUUAUUUGGUGUCCUGGACGUUGACCAAUCAGACAGCUGCAUGUGGAAGGUCUCAGCCAAUGAUGGAGGCCUGGCCAGCAGCCUGGGUCCUACUUUUAACGCUAAUCGCUGAUUGGCUGGAAGCGGCUCAAUCACGGGACUUCACUCUGAAGGACAUCAUCCUCCUCCAUCCAUCAACCACACCUCAUCCUGGAGGGUUCAAGUGCUUCACAUGUAAAGAUGCACCAGACAACUACGAAUGCAAUCGCUGGGCUCCGGACGUAUACUGCCCACGAGAGACCAGGUACUGCUACACCCUCCAUGUGAUGGACGUCCAGGGGAACACUGUGUCUGUGACCAAACGCUGCGUGGCCCUGGUCCACUGUCUGUCUACAGGCUGCACCCAGGACAACCAUGAAGGAUACAAGGUCUGCACUGUUUGCUGUGAAGGAAACAUCUGUAACAUGCAGUUGCCAAGAAACAAGACAGAUGCCAUCUUUUCCACCACCUCUCUCCUCCACAGCAGUAACGGUCUACUCACACACUACUGGCUGCUCACUGGCUGUCUGAGCUCUACCGUCAUCAGCGUCAUGCUUUCCAACAGUCUAUGACAUUAACAAUCCUACCGUCAUCAGCGUCAUGCUAUCCAACAGUCUAUGACAUCUAACACUCCUACCGUCAUCAGCGUCAUGCUAUCUAACACUCCUACCAUCAUCAGCGUCAUGCUAUCCAACAGUCUAUGACAUCUAACACUCCUACCGUCAUCAGCGUCAUGCUAUCUAACACUCCUACCGUCAUCAGCGUCAUGCUGUCCAACAGUCUAUGACAUUAACACUCCUACCGUCAUCAGCGUCAUGCUAUCCAACAGUCUAUGACAUUAACACUCCUACCGUCAUCAGCGUCAUGCUGUCCAACAGUCUAUGACAUCUAACACUCCUACCGUCAUCAGCGUCAUGCUAUCCAACAGUCCAUGACAUCUAACACUCCUACCGUCAUCAGCGUCAUGCUAUCUAACACUCCUACCGUCAUCAGCGUCAUGCUAUCUAACACUCCUACCGUCAUCAGCGUCAUGCUGUCCAACAGUCUAUGACAUCUAACACUCCUACCGUCAUCAGCGUCAUGCUAUCUAACACUCCUACCGUCAUCAGCAUCAUGCUAUCUAACAGUCUAUGACAUUAACACUCCUACCGUCAUCAGCGUCAUGCUAUCCAACAGUCUAUGACAUUAACACUCCUACCGUCAUCAGCGUCAUGCUAUCUAACACUCCUACCGUCAUCAGCGUCAUGCUAUCUAACAGUCUAUGACAUUAACACUCCUACCGUCAUCAGCAUCAUGCUAUCCAACAGUCUAUGACAUCUAACACUCCUACCGUCAUCAGCGUCAUGCUAACACUCCUACUGUCAUCAGCGUCAUGCUAUCUAACAGUCUAUGACAUUAACACUCCUACCGUCAUCAGCGUCAUGCUAUCCAACAGUCUAUGACAUUAACACUCCUACCGUCAUCAGCGUCAUGCUAUCCAACAGUCUAUGACAUUAACACUCCUACCGUCAUCAGCGUCAUGCUAUCUAACACUCCUACCGUCAUCAGCGUCAUGCUAUCUAACAGUCUAUGACAUUAACACUCCUACCGUCAUCAGCGUCAUGCUAUCCAACAGUCUAUGACAUUAACACUCCUACCGUCAUCAGCGUCAUGCUAUCUAACACUCCUACCGUCAUCAGCGUCAUGCUAUCUAACAGUCUAUGACAUUAACACUCCUACCAUCAUCAGCAUCAUGCUAUCCAACAGUCUAUGACAUCUAACACUCCUACCGUCAUCAGCGUCAUGCUAUCUAACACUCCUACUGUCAUCAGCGUCAUGCUAUCUAACAGUCUAUGACAUUAACACUCCUACCGUCAUCAGCGUCAUGCUAUCCAACAGUCUAUGACAUUAACACUCCUACCGUCAUCAGCGUCAUGCUAUCCAACAGUCUAUGACAUUAACACUCCUACCGUCAUCAGCGUCAUGCUAUCUAACACUCCUACCGUCAUCAGCAUCAUGCUAUCUAACAGUCUAUGACAUUAACACUCCUACCGUCAUCAGCGUCAUGCUAUCCAACAGUCUAUGACAUCUAACACUCCUUCUGCAUGGUAGAGGAAGUAUAUCUAAAAUUUGAUCACCAGAUAUUUGGUGUUAUAAUUUUAUUAAGUUGUUUAAUUUAUUACAUUUUUCCUCUUUUUUAACCGAGACGGUAUUGAUGGAAUCUUCUAGAUUUUGGCUCAUCCUAAGAAGUUCUGUUAUAUUUACUGGAUUCUAUGUGCAGUAUGUGAUAUAUGUACAUAGUAUUUAUUUUGUAUAAUACAUUUAACAAUUGUUAAAUACCUGUAGUUAACAUUAGAUUCAGGUAGAAUGAAACGUGAACUAGGUUGCAGUGCAGUGUUUUUGUUCCUGGAGUCUUGUGGUUGGUUGAUUUAGGCUGUGUGCCCACCAUACACAUGAGACUGAUGACUGAUCAUUUCCUCUCAACCCAUUGGCUAUCUGGCGCUGGCUGUGGAAGAUAUGACGUCAACCAUAACACUACAAUGUUGUAACAUGUUUCUGUAUUUCUUACAGUUCUGUCCAAUAGAAAGGUUGGCACUUAUUGAUUAGCAUGUUGUCUUUAGGAUGAUGGUCUAAACAUCCUGUACAGAUCCCAUAUACCAGGUUUGGUAUACAUUGUUCACAAUUAAAUGUAUUACACCAGGUUUGGUAUACAUUGUUCACAAUUAAAUGUAUUACACCAGGUUUGGUAUACAUUAUGUUCACAAUUAAAUGUAUUACACCAGGUUUGGUAUACAUUGUUCACAAUUAAAUGUAUUACACCAGGUUUGGUAUACAUUAUGUUCACAAUUAAAUGUAUUACACCAGGUUUGGUAUACAUUGUUCACAAUUAAAUGUAUUACACCAGGUUUGGUAUACAUUAUGUUCACCAUUAAAUGUAUUACACCAGGUUUGGUAUACAGUGUUCACCAUUAAAUGUAUUACACCAGGUUUGGUAUACAUUGUGUUCACCAUUAAAUGUAUUACACCAGGUUUGGUAUACAGUGUUCACCAUUAAAUGUAUUACACCAGGUUUGGUAUACAUUGUCUUCACCAUUAAAUGUAUUACACCAGGUUUGGUAUACAGUGUUCACCAUUAAAUGUAUUGCACCAGGUUUGGUAUACAGUGUUCACCAUUAAAUGUAUUACACCAGGUUUGGUAUAGUGUUCACCAUUAAAUGUAUUACACCAGG